CGCCUAGUCAGUAUGUUAUGAAACUUUCCCAAAACUUUCGUAAACUUGUAUUUUACGCCGAUACUUAACAAUUUUGCAACUGUGAGAUCAUCUAGUCGAGUGUUAGAGCUUCAGGCAUACACCUUCUCAAUAUGUCAAGAAGCAGUACAAAAAUGUAGCUCAACAGUUGAAAAAUCACAAUCUAAUCUUGACACCAGUUUCCCAAAUUUGACCAAGCAAGCGAGUAAUAUUGUCGAGAGUGUGCAACAGCAAGACUUUACUGAACUAAAGAAUCAAGCAUCAAGAGUGAUCGAAAAAGUUCAGCAAAAAGACUUUACUGGAUUAUCACAUCAGGCCUCAAAGGUGAUCGAAAGUGUACAAAAGCAAGAUUUUACUGAGUUAACAAAAGAGGCUUCAAAAGCAAUAGAAAAUUUACAGAAACAAAACUUUUCUGAAUUGUCUAAGCAAGCAUCUCGUGUGGUCGAUUCUAUGCAGGAUAAUAUGAUGGCCAGUUCUCAGUCUGUUAAAGAUGAUGUAAAACCAGAUUUAGCAGAGAAUGAGUCAACUCUGAGAUAUGAAACAACAACUAAAGAUGAUUCCAAUCAUAUACGUGAAGAAAUGUCUACUGAUGAUGAGCAGCUACAUACCAAGAAUGACACAUCAAUGAAGGGCAGUAUUAAUGACCAAGCUGGACGUGAUGAUGCAAAACCUAUUCCAACACCCAUUAAACCAAAUAGGAACAAACCCAUAGGUGCAAAGUUAAGUCAAUCACUUAGUGACAGAGCGCGGGAACGUCGUGUGCCAUCUUCGAGACUUGGCAGACUGAUGAGUUAUGGUAGCCUGGCAGCAGGCCUGGGGGUAGGGGCCAUGGCAGAGGUAGCUAGAAGAGGCAUGGGGCUUAGUGAUAGCAGUGAUAAGAUUGGUGUAUUGGACAAAAACCCUUUACUUAGUGACGCCAAUGCUGAGCGUAUUGUGAAUACACUGUGCAGAGUUAGGGGAGCAGCAUUGAAACUGGGGCAAAUGCUGAGUAUACAAGAUAGUUCAAUGAUCAACCCAGAUGUCCAGAGGAUAUUUGAGAGAGUGCGUCAAAGCGCAGACUUCAUGCCUAAAGCACAACUAGAUAAAGCCAUGAGGACUGAGCUUGGUAAUGAUUGGAGGAAUAAAUUUGAAUCGUUUGACGAUAAACCAUUUGCAGCAGCAUCUAUUGGCCAAGUUCACAGAGGGACAACCCUAGAUGGUCGGGAAGUUGCAGUAAAAAUACAGUACCCUGGGGUAGCUGACAGUAUUAACAGUGAUAUCAACAAUCUAAUGGCAGUUCUCAAUAUAUGGCAGAUACUUCCUAAAGGUCUUUAUGUUGAGGAAUUUAUUGAGACAGCAAAGGAAGAGCUCAGUUGGGAGUGCGAUUAUGAAAGAGAGGCUGCUAGCUCACAGAAAUUUAGGGCCCUAGUAAAAGAUGACCCUGUGUUUUAUGUACCUGAAGUGAUCUCUGAGCUAAGUUCCAAGCGAGUCAUGACAUCAGAGCUUGUGAGUGGAGCACCACUGGAUUCUGCAAUGUCCCUUGACCAAGAUACCAAAAAUUUUAUUGCAGAGAAUCUACUGAGAUUGUGUCUUCAGGAGCUGUUUGUCUUCAACUAUAUGCAGACAGACCCCAACUGGUCAAACUUUCUUUAUGAUAAUGCCACAAAAAGAAUAUGUUUAUUGGACUUUGGUUCUGCCAGGGAGUAUAGCAAGGAGAACUUUGUAGAUGGCUACCUUCGUAUUAUAAAGGGAGCAGCAGAUGGCAAGAAGGAAGAGGUUCUAGAAUGGUCAAAGAAACUAGGCUUUCUCACAGGAUAUGAGUCAAAGGCAAUGCAGAAUGCUCAUGUUGAUGCAGUUAUGAUCCUUGGCGAGGCGUUCUCUGAAGACAUAUUUGACUUUUCUACACAGACGACCACACAGAGAAUACAAACAAUAAUCCCCGUUAUGUUAAAACAUAGACUAACCCCUCCCCCAGAGGAGACGUAUUCCCUACACAGGAAACUUUCUGGAUCGUAUCUGUUAUGCACAAAAUUUUCUGCGAAAAUUCAAUGUAAGAAAUCAUUAGAUGAAAUCUGGAAAAAUUAUCAUUUUCUAAAUUUAGAAGCUGCACCCACAAGUAGUUGAGAUUGAUAGAAGGAAUCUGAAUUAGGAAAAAAGUCAUGUUGAAUAUUGUUGUGCUGUAGUCUGUGUAUCUACUUUUCAUGUAUUUAUGUUGUCUACAGAGUACCUCUCAGAUAUCUGAUCUCUGGAAUAGUGAUAUUUUAAAUCUGCUGUGGUCGGAUAU